UUUGCCCCCAAUCGUAACAACCUUAAAUGCCUGGAAAUUAUUUUGCAUUCACGUCAUGACACAUCAGCAGUGGGGGGCUUUGCUCAUCCCUUGAAAGAUUUCUUGUGAUCAUGGAUCUUCUCUAGUUCUUGCAGCACAAGCAUGAGGCCCUCAGCAUCUUCCCGGAGAUUGCGACGGCAACACACGCCUGCUGCAUUUUAUAUGGAUGAGAGCUCAAAUAGCAAGGGCAGCUUUCAAUGCCUAAGCAUCCAAAAUUCCAAGCUUCCUCUUCUAUAUACAAGCAGUGAAACCUCCUGCUCUCAAGAAUCUAAGCCUCUUCUACCUUGCCGACUCCCAGCGGCAAGCCUUGAGCAAGUCCUCCUAGUGCUACUGCAGCUAAAAAACUCCCUUUGAUCACCUUUGCCACUCUCUCCUCUUGCAAUCUAUAUUUCUAUACCUAUAUAUAUAUAUCCAGCUAUCUACUAAUUAGAAGUACAUAGAUAAGAUGGGAUUGAGGGACAUAGAGUCCACACUGCCACCAGGGUUCAGGUUCUACCCAAGUGAUGAGGAGCUUAUUUGCCACUAUCUCUACAAGAAGGUGACUAAUGAGAGGAUCUCUGAGGGAACGUUGGUGGAGGUGGAUUUGCAUACGCACGAGCCGUGGGAGCUUCCUGAUGUGGCUAAGCUCAGUGCCAACGAGUGGUACUUCUUCAGCUUCCGGGACCGCAAGUAUGCCACCGGCUCACGCACCAACCGCGCAACCAAGACCGGAUAUUGGAAGGCCACCGGAAAAGAUCGCACGAUCCAUGAGCCUUCCACACGUGCGACUGUUGGUAUGAGGAAGACAUUAGUGUUUUACCAAGGGAGAGCUCCAAAUGGGGUAAAGACUGGAUGGGUCAUGCAUGAGUUCCGUUUGGAGACCCCAAAAUCACCCCCCAAGGAGGACUGGGUGCUAUGUAGGGUCCUUCACAAAAGCAAAGGGGAGACGCAGCAAGACAAUAACAUUGGCUUCUUCUCUUGUCCGACUUCGGGGCCAUCCUCUUCUCUGGUGGACCAGCCGAUGCCAGAUGGGUGCUAUGACCCGACGAGCUCAUCACUCGUCCCUCACCAAGAUGACAGCAGCUCAAACCCGCUCCUCAAUUUGGCACUCCUGCAUUGCGACUUUCUUGAUCACUUCCCACAUGAGGUGGGGAUGAGCUCGAGGGGAGGGGAUGAGCAUGGAUUCUUCUUGGAUAUGGGGUUUGAUCAGGACCAUGACAUGAGGGAGGCGGGGAUGGCAAACCUAGAAGGUGUGAGAUUCCAAAGCGGCCAGGAUAAGCUAUAUUUUUAGAGGCUUUGGAAUAUUGGAGCGAGAGGAUUUUGAUGUUGGUGCAUGCAUGCUUCCAAACUCGGUAUUUCAUGUCGAGAUAUCAUUUGGAUUUUAAGGGAGCGAAUUGGGUGGUAUAUAUAUAUGUAUAUAUUUGUACAUUUGUUGCCUAGUUGGUGAUCAUCUAUGCAGUACUCAUGCUGUUAUUUGUAAAUAUCACAUUUGUUGCAUCUUAUAAAAAAACUAUUUAUAUGCAGGAAGAAAUUGGAUUAAUGAGUGCUUAA